ACUGGAGUAUAUAAAAUAGAAGAAUGGGAUGAGAAAUCAUACAAUUCAGAAGCUAGAAGAGGCUACAAGCCCUAGCAAGUUCUUCACUCUCGCCGCUGCGCUCUCUCUCUCUCAUCUCUCUCACUUCAAUUUAAGCUAAGCAGGUAAAGUUCCUUGAAACUCGGUAAUGGAUAAUAGAGAAGGUUCAGACAUUGAUGAUGACUUUAGUGAACUUUAUAAAGAGUACACUGGACCUCCAGUACUUAGUAAUGUUCGUGCACAAGAUGUACCAAAAGGAAAUAAAAGAUCUCAUGCUGGUUCCGAUGAGGAGGAGGAACCUCGAGAUCCUAAUGCUGUCCCAACUGAUUUUACUAGCCGAGAGGCUAAGGUUUGGGAGGCUAAGUCAAAAGCUACUGAACGGAACUGGAAGAAAAGGAAGGAAGAAGAGAUGAUUUGUAAGAUAUGUGGAGAAUCAGGCCACUUCACUCAGGGUUGUCCAUCUACUCUUGGAGCUAAUCGCAAGUCUCAAGAUUUCUUUGAAAGAGUUCCUGCAAGAGAACAACAUGUGAAAGCCUUAUUUUCACAGAAGGUGAUUAAUGGGAUAGAAAAGGAUAUUGGUUGUAAAAUAAAAGUAGAGGAGAAGUUUAUUAUUGUAAGUGGCAAAGAUAGGUUGAUAUUAGCCAAAGGUGUGGAUGCUGUGCAUAAAGUUAAAGAAGAGGGUAACAAAAAAGAUAGUUCUAGUUCUCACGUGGCCAGAUCCAAGUCGCCAGAGAGGAGUCCUGUUGCAACUCGGUUUACACGCUCUGAUUCGCAAAGGUCUAAUCACAGUCCUCAAACUGCAUCUCUGUUCCAACAGAGAUUUGGCAAACAAGAGAAGGCAGUGGAAGAUGAUGUACGCGAGGAUUUGAAAAAGUUAUCAAGGUCUUCUCCAAAAGCUUAUGUUAUUGAUGGAGCGAGAGGUCGUUCAAGCCAUUCAAAGUCUCCAGGGCAUCCUCCGUACAAGGGGACUUCCUAUAAAUCAUAUGAUGGUCAUAAUCAGAACAGGGGAGGAUACCAAACAGAUGGGUGGGAUACAGAGAGACGUGGAUCUGACUUGAAAACUAGCAAUAAGAUGGAUUAUCCUAUGUUUCCCCGGACGUUAGAAGAAUUAGAGUUGGAAUAUAAUAGGGAUGCCACAGAUCUUGGUAGAAUUCGUGACAAGGAAGAAGAUGAAGAAAACUACAAGCAUCGUGAGGCUGUUAGGGAGAUGAGGGAAAGUUUUACAAAGAGGAUGGCUAAUUUGAGGGAAAUGCAUGCCAAACAGUGGGAAGAGUUUCUUCACCUCAACACCCAAAGGAAGCAAGAAAGGGCAGUCGAGCAGUUGUCCAAUUCAAGGUAUGCUGGUUACAGACAGCCUGGUUAUUCUGAUUUUGACGGUUAUGAGGCAAGUGCUCAUUAUGGAGGGAAUUUAGCACCAGAAUCUAGAGGCAGGUACCAAAACUCUGUAGAAACUUUCCCUCCUUCAAGGUCCCAUGAUGCUUAUGGUGACUAUCAACGACAGAGGCACGAAGAGUUUGGAAAAGCAUAUAAUCGAUACUGAAUCAGUAUAUUGGAUUUAAGUUAGGGUUCAACUCCUGGUCGGAUACGAGUCAUGUUAUAGGAGAGCCCCUAAUCUUAGGUAAGUAUGUGAAAUAGUAGCUAUGAUGUUAUGUUUAAGAAGCUGAUGAUGGGAAGGAUGUUGGAUGCUACAUUUUGGCCUGUGUGCCUUUUGAACUUCAUUUAUUUAUUUGUUAUUUUAGUAGUGAAUAGAUUUGAACUACAGCAAGAGACAUGGUUUAUGCUUGCCUUCUAGUGCACCUUCAUUGACUUGUUUUUGGUUU